AACUUGCAAAGAAAUGACAGUUGCCAUCCUUGAACGUGCCAACACCGACAGCGACACAUGAACGAGGACUGGAACUCUCACUGCUCACACGACUCAUGAACUAGUUCCAUGAGAUCCAUGUCUCAAAAUCCUCCAUCCCUUUAUGUAGCUAGCUAGCUCUUGACAAUGGCUGGAAUAAAGAAAUCCCUCCUCAAGAGAUGGCGCUCGUGGAUCUUGCUCAACAAUUCCUGGACAAGCCGGUGGUGGUAUUCCGCGGUUCACAUCACCACAGUGACGGUGGGAACCGGAGUUUUGGGCUUGCCGACAGUCAUGGCCUUCUUCGGAUGGGAACUCGGCACCAUCCUGAUUGUGGGCUUCAUGAUCCUGAGCCAGAUGUGCUACUGGCAGCUGAUUGGAUUGCACGAGACCCAAGAGGGCCGCCGCUUCGAUCGAUACCCUGAGCUGGGACAGCACCUCCUGGGCGACUCUCUCGGAUUCUGGCUCAUCGCUCCACUCCAGGCCAUCGCCCAAGUGGGAAUCGACACAGUCUACGUCGUCGCGGGAGCGAAUUCCCUCCAGCACAUCUACUCGCUCUUCCACGAAUGCAAUGCUUUGGAUUGCGGUGCCAUGAAGUUGACUUACUGGAUGCUCGUCUUCAUGGCCGUCCAGCUCUUGCUCUCGCAGCUCCCACACUUACAAUCAAUCACUUGGGUGUCAUUCAUAGCAGCUGUCACAGCCAUUGGGUACUGUACACUAACUUGGGUUUCCAUUCUAAUUAACCCUCCACCUUCACCUUCACCGUCACCACCUUCACCUUCAUCGUCUUCCGCGUGUUUCGCGAAUGUCGAGCAUGGCUACCCGCAAGGAUCCAAAGCUCACAUAACUUUCGGGAUCUUCACCUCUCUCGGUAAGCUGGCAUUUGCGAUGGCGGCCGCGCACAAUGUGGCUCUCGAGCUCCAGGCGACGAUUCCAAGCACUCGCAAUCGCCCCUCGAAACGAGCAAUGUGGAGAGGGACGCUGAUCGCGUAUAUCGUGGUCGCGUUUUGCUACUUGCCGGUGGCGCUGGUGGGAUACCGGUUCUACGGCAACGAGACUCGCGAUACUUGCCCGGGGAUCGACAAUGUCCUGCUCAGGCUCAAGAGUCCCAAACCGAUGAUUGUUCUCGCGGAUUUGAUGGUUUUCAUUCACUUGUGCGGUAGCUACCAGGUGCUAGCGAUGCCGAUUUUCAGCAACUUUGAAACAUUUUUUGAGAGGAAGUACGAGGUUGAGCUGAGCUUCAUGCUGCGAACGAUGGCCAGAUAUAGUUAUGUUGUUCUGACGUUGAUGCUGGCCGCAGCGUUUCCUUUCUUUGGUGAUCUUGAAGCCUUCUUUGGAGGUUUUGCUAUCAUUCCAACGACUUACGUGAUACCUUCUGUUCUCUGGCAUUUGAGUAGGAAGCCCGAGCCAUUGAGUCCGCCAUGGAUAGCAAACCUGUUGUGUAUUUCCUUUGGAAUAGCGGUGAUGGCUACUUCGACGAUAGGUGGCCUUCGUAACUUGAUAAUGAAACGGCGAGAGCUGGAAUUCUUUCAAUAAGUUGGGAGUCAUUUACUCUCCAUCCCUGUUAAACACAGCAUCAGAGUGGAAACAGAAAAGAAAAAUUCAAAUGUUA